AUUUCGAUUUGACGUCUGUGCCGGAAACACAAUCGUCGCCUGACCUGGUAAUUUCUUGAAUUUGUUUGAUUAUUUCGGUAUUUUGUGAUAUAUCAUGGUCUCUUAUAGUUAAAGUUUUGUUGUUUUAAAGUGUAUAUAAAUUAUAGUGACAGUAAAUAGUUAAAGAUCGUGUGAUUUAUCGGAACUGACGACGCCGCAGCGAAGCAUUACAAUGUCCAGCGAAACACCCAAAAAUUUUUCAAAUUUGGAGACACCAGGCUAUGUUGGGUUUGCAAACUUGCCCAAUCAGGUGCACCGAAAGUCUGUGAAAAAGGGCUUUGAAUUCACCUUAAUGGUGGUAGGAGAGAGUGGUCUUGGUAAAUCUACUCUCGUGAACUCACUGUUUUUGACCGAUCUGUAUCCGGAGAGAGUGAUUCCCGAUGCUAUAGAGAAAACAAAUCAAACAGUGAAGUUGGAUGCUUCAACUGUUGAGAUUGAGGAGAGAGGUGUCAAACUACGACUGACUGUGGUAGAUACACCUGGAUAUGGCGAUGCAAUUGACAAUACGGAUUGUUUUAGGUCAAUCAUUCAGUACAUCGAUGAGCAGUUUGAGAGGUUUCUACGUGAUGAGAGUGGUCUGAACCGACGUAAUAUUGUCGACAACCGCAUCCAUUGCUGUUUCUACUUCAUCUCACCCUUUGGACACGGCCUCAAACCUCUGGACAUAGAGUUCAUGAAGCAGCUGCACAACAAAGUGAACAUUGUUCCUGUUAUCGCCAAGGCUGAUUGUCUUACUAAAAAGGAAGUUCAACGACUCAAGAGCAGGGUAAUGGAGGAGAUCGAGAGAGAGGGCAUUAAGAUCUACCCUCUGCCGGAUUGUGACAGCGACGAAGACGAAGACUACAAGGAACAGGUGCGACAACUGAAGGCCGCGGUGCCGUUCGCCGUGUGUGGUGCGGGACAGCAGUUGGAGGUCCGCGGCAGGCGCGUGAGGGGUCGCCUGUACCCGUGGGGGGUCGUCGAGGUCGAGAACCCCGAUCACUGCGACUUCAUCAAACUGCGUACCAUGCUUAUCACUCACAUGCAAGACCUGCAGGAAGUGACCCAAGAGGUGCACUAUGAAAACUACCGCUCCGAGAGACUCGCGCGCAACGGACAGAUCCCCAAACGACACACAUCUACAGAGAGUGGGCUGAGUGAGUCGGACUCGGGCUUGACAAACGGAUCCAACGAAGAUUCCGCGGAACGUGAGCGUGCGUUGCGUGAAAAGGAGGCUGAGCUGCGGCGUAUGCAAGAGAUGCUGGAGCAGAUGCAGCGCCAGAUGCAGCUCCAGGCGGCCGCCAACACCACCUCCGCAUAGUGCACCCGCGCGCUGCAGCUGGGCGGUAGUAGGGCGGUCCAGUUGCCCGAGGCGUGCAAUGUUGUGAACUCGAUACUACGAGUUAUACCCUACUGCGUCACCACCACAUAACCACCUACACAACACAUAACCACCUACACAACACAUAACCACCUACACAACAUAUAACCACCUACACAACAUAUAACCACCUACACAACAUAUAACCACCUACACAACACAUAACCAUCUACACAACAAAACCAUUUACGCAUCACAUAACCACCUGCACAAUAUUACUUGCAGGAGUACAUUAUGAACCGAAAGUAAUUGAUUUAUUUUAUUUUUUCGCAGAAAAUAGCAAAAUCAAUUAUUCAUUGCAGUUACGCGACAUUUAAAUCCUCUAUGAACCUUACACGUUGGGCUUAAAUACAUUAGACAAUUUGCCCGUUGGAUUAUUCUCAUAUUCGAGCUUAGACAGUAAAUAUGAAUGAUAAUUAUCACGUUCAUAGAUUUUAUCUGACUGUGUAUUUUCUUUCUGACGUCUGUGAUCUGUCACGUUAUUCAAUUAUAACCCAAAUUGUUAUACAUUAAAGAUGUCAAAUAAUUGAAAAUUUUAUACAUUUUCGUCCAUAUUUCGCUAACACUCGAUAACGUGUUACUGCGCAUAGUUACUAAUUCAACAUAUAAGCGGCAUUUCAUCAGUUGCUCUUAAAUAUAAAUAUAAUAUAAUUGUAGAUUCCAUAUGUACUGAGAGACAUCGUUUCUCUUCAGAAGAUAACUGUAUAGCGCAAUACCCUACUGCUAUUAAUAAUAAAGUUUUAAAUUUUUGACUAAACAUCGACCCUUGAUCGAUGUUGUUACUUAUUGUGUAUUUGCUGUGUUCCUUGUUCGUUUCUUCCUAGACAAAACAGAAAUAGACUGAAUGUAGACUUCGAAUAGACUUGAGUUAUAAUUUAAUAUUUCGAAAUAUAUAAAGUGUACAGUUAAUAAUUAUUCGUGCAAUAGAUGACCAAAUAUCAAAUGAUAAAGACAAGUUGUGAAUUAGCUGAACUAAAUACUGAAACUUAUCAGAAGACGGUGAAAUCUUAGACCAAUUACCUUAGGACUUGUAUCAAACUCAAAUUCACACACACAAUAAAAUUGUCUGUCAUUUUUGAGGGGGACGAGGUAAACUCACACAUCGAAAAUAUUUAACACCAAUAAAUAUAUCAUGUGUCCUUACACCAUACAUAGAUUUAAGUUGUAAUACACUUGUGUAAGGAGAUAGGCCAUUUUUCUUACCCAAAUCUAAUAAAUGGACUGUUACAAUGCCUAAAUUAGUACCAUUUAAUAAAUAAUAAUAAUCAGUUUUAGACUGGUUUAACUACAGUUUUAUUGAAAGUUGAAUAAUCUAGAUAUAAAUAAAAAAUAUUAGCAACUAUCAGAACUGCUGUGCCCAAAAUGGUCGGUCCCCUUUGACACAAUGAUACAUUGAUUCUGACGAAGUUUGUAUAGACACGUUAGAUCAUGAUCUUAAACUUUUGGGUAACGUCUAACGAGGCAGGUCCCAUGGUAAUUUGUCUGAGGGUAAAACUGACCCCUAAUGUCCAUAAUUUCAAUUUGAAAAAUUAAGGACCGGAUUCAGUAUUUUAUGAUAAGUGUCUGAUAGUCUAACUAUGAAUAUUAUCACAUUCUUACUUAUAAAAUUUCAAAUACUACAAAACUUGUAAAUAUACUAUCACACAAUUAUAUCAGAAGGUUAAGACUCUGAACAUUUUGAACAAUAACAUUAUUAACUGUACAUUUUAAUCAUUGGUUAAGCACAAUAUGAGUGUGUGUAGUGGUUAAUAUUAACUAGUUAUUAAGUUACGAAUAUACUUAUCAACAAUUUGAAUCCAUUAGUUGUAUUGUUAAUAAUCUGGAAGAAUAUAGAUAGAUGAUAACUAAUAACUAUAAAUAUAUAAAACCAUUCCUUGAGGUAAAUAAAACAUUGUCAAUUUUUACUAUGAAAUUAAAAAAAAAUCUCGAUAUAUUUCUCGCAAACUCGUCUAAUACUCGUCUCAUGAUUAUAAGUGGAAUAGAAUAAUGAUAAAAUAUCCACAAUAUAAAGAUAGAAGUAUAGUCUCAAAAUGUUUAAAAAUAAAGCAAAUGUAGUAUAUGUAGAAUUAUAGAUAAAAGCCGUGACAUAGUUAAUAGAGGUAUAGUGAUGUACUGGAAUUUUAUAUUCCAACUAAUAAUAAUUAAUCAAUUUCUUUGUUCUGGUUAAUAACUAUAUCCCUUGGAAUAUAACUACAUUACAUUCAUUUUGCUGUGACAUAUACACUACCAACUUGUAUACAUAUAUUUAAAUUAUUUCUACCUUGGACCUUCACAUUUAUACAGUGUACUUGUAUUGUUCCUGAAUGCAAGAUGUCAUUCGUUAGUCACUUCAAUGUGACGUCACGUCUCUCUCUUUAUAGAGACAAUGUAAGUGUCAGGUGAAAAUAAUUUACUUCUCUAUCUGCAAAUGUCUAAAGGUAAAGCAUGUUGUAGUUAAUAUGUUUUUAAAAUUUUGAAUCGAAUGAACUGGAAUCGUGUCAGUGAUGUUUGAGUGAUGUAAAUGCAAAUAAUAUUUCAACAUGGCUUAUAAAAGCUCUCAUAGCUUGAGUCAAGUUAUAUUGAAACAGUACAGUCUGUAGAUGCAGUAUAUGGAUAAUAUGCCUUUAGGCAUUUCAAUUGACAUAUGAUUGUGGGUUGGUGGGUUUUAUCACCGCAGUAUGGUGGAUACCGGAUUUCGUGUUUAAAGCAAAAUAUUUCACAUAUUUUGUAAGUUCCUUUUCUUACUAGACAUGUGUUAAGUUAAAUUAAGGGCACCCGCAGACUGCAGACUUUCAGCUCAAUUUGGUCAGGUUGGAAUGCUUGUGUGGACAAAAAAACAUGUAAUUAAUACCACGAAAAUAAUUAUUUCUUUCAAUAAAUUUCCGAGUGAAAUGAAUCUAGUUAAUAGAAUUGAUGAGGUUGUAUGACUUUAUCUAAGAGAAUUAAAGUCAAGCCUAUACAUCAAAUAGUUAUCUAUGUUAUAGUUGAGUAUGAGGAACGUCAUUUAUCUGAUAUAGUCAAAAUGCAAAGAAAUCCUGCAACUAUAAAAGAGAUAAUUACAUCUGUAACUUAAAACUUAAUGUGGAUAAAAUGUGCUGAUCAAACAAAACGGUCUGUAGUCUGCGUGGGCCCUAAGGCCCAAUUAGCAAAUAUAUGUAUGUGGCGCAUGUAUUAUUAUAUAAUUAUAGUUUAUCAGCUUCUUGCUGAAUGCAUUUACUAUAUCAGUGUUGUAAGUUACGCCAAAAUGUAUUUAAAAAGUGUCUUAAAUGCAUAUUGGCGUAACUGACAAAUUCAGCUUUCACGUUAGUUACGUCAAAUGGGGUAAGUUUAUACUGCGAAACGUGUAAAGACGUGCAAGUAUACCAAUCAAAUUAUAUUACAUGACAAUAUAUCAAGUAUUCAGAACUGUCCUAAAUGUAUAUUGACGUAACUUACAAAUUCACCUUUCGCGUUAGUUACGUCAAAUGGGGUAAGUUUAUACUGCGAAACGUGUAAAGACGUGGAAGUAUACCAAUCAAAUUAUAUUACAUGACAAGAUAUCAAGUAUUCUAUCAAUCAGUAAAAUGAUUGGUUCGUAUUUCCAGGUUCCCCCGCCACUAAGUGGUAAAUAAACUCUUUUAUUUUUAUUUAUUUAUCAUAUGUGUAUACAUUGGGCCUUAAUAUAUUAAAUUAUAAGGAUAUUUUUAUUAGUAUUAAAUUUUCAUAUAUUAUUCAUUAUAUCAGAUUAUUUUAUAGAUAGUGUUAACAAACUAUUAUUUGCAAUAACACAGUAUAUUAUCAUUUUUAGAUUUGUUAGCGUUAAUGCCAAUGUAUUGUGCAUUAUUUGUAUUAGGUAUAUACUCCUACAUUUUUAUUAAUACUUACCUUUUUUUUAUUUAAAUGUAAUUGUGAAGCACAGAAGCACACCUCUUUGUAUUACAAAUAAUUUACUUUCCUUUUUAGUCUUAAUGCUCAAAUAAACAGCUUUUUAUACUGGUAUUUCAUAUUACAUACAUAUAGGUAUACAGUAUUAUCUUGUGCACUCUAAUCUGAAUUAUUUUGGGUUGGUCGAAAAUUAUAAAAAUAUUUUAUUUUACUUGACAAUUUAUAACAGAUUUCAAUAUCAUCUGACUCUAAUCACUUGGUACAAAGCAACAUUGUUCUUUUAACAGUGGUUUACACUUUUUUACAGUGGUGUAACUACAUUAACCACCCCAAAAUAAAUAAAAUCUUAACUUGUCGCUUCUACCAUAAGCAAUCGAAUACGAGAAUGUCUCAUAUUACGCAUAAUUAUUAGACAAAAAACUAAUGGCAUGUGUUAAAUAAGCCAUUGCUUUUUGUCUAAUAAUAAUGUUGCUCAGGAACUAACCCAUUUCAAAAAGAGAGUUAUUGAAAGCUGCUGCAACGAAUUUUCUUAUGACCUAUCUAUUAAGUACGCACAUGAUUUCAGUAUAAAAAAGUAAUGAUUUUUUUGUUUAUGAUCUGAAACUUUUUUAUUAUAUUUUACUUGUGCCAUCUUUUUUAAUUAUUAAUUAUUCACUUUUCAAUAAAGUAUUAUCGACUUUUUUUUAUAAUAUAACUAGGGUUAAAAAUAAUUUUAUCUUUGUGUUUUAUUAAUUCGAUUGCAUUUGUAUUUGACACUGAUCUAAAUAAAUGACUGAUAAGUGUAUCUUCCGUUUGUAUUACGUGAAAUUGUUUUGCAUUAAUUUCAUAUUUAGCUCAUAAGUUAUGUAAUCGCACGCAUAUUAUUAUUAUUAUCAAUUAUUAUUAAUAAUUAAUUACGAUUUUAUUGUAUUUUAAUAAUGUAAUAAACAUUAUAUUAAUUUACUAGUUUAAAAGAAUUGUAUUCCUACGAAAAAAAUAUUCAUAUUCCAAAAUAUUUUCCGCUUAACUGAACUGAAUUUUAAUGAACAAUAAAUAUAUUAAUAUUUUAAUUGUACUUAAUAUAAACUGAAAUUUGAAAUUUAAUAGAGGUGUUGAACUAUAAUAAAACAUUUACAUUAAGUUGAAAGAGAGCUCGAAAUAAAAUUAUGGAUGACAUUUUAAUUAUUGAAGUUAAUGUUAAUUAUGUUGGUAUUGUGUUCUUUUAAAAUGAUGGAUUUUUCGUGAUAUUAUUACAAUUACAUUUGGUUCAUUAUAUUAUUAUAAUUGACAUUGUAAUUUUAAUAAUAUUGGUUAAGUGAGACAUUUAUUGAAUAUACUUACAAAGACACACUAAAUUUGCCUUUCUACCAAAGACGUGCAAGGAAAUUAGAAGCGUGCUUAAAUUUGUUUAGUAGCAUGGAAAUAACAUAAUUACAUUCAAAUGUUGAAGUGAAAUGAAUAUUCUCGUUAAUUAAUAUAAUUAUAAACAUAUUCUAUGCCUAAAUUAUGCGAAGUAAAGCCUUCUUAUUUGUAACUAUAAAACUACAGUGGUUGUACAUCUUCGGUGGAAAGGCUGCAAAGAAACUUUUUGUCUCUUAUUCCCACCAAAGGAGAAAAGAGUUACGUUUAAAAAUAUACUGUAAAGUGUGAAGUGAUUUGAUAUUGCGAGAUAAUUGUGCGUCCUCGACAUAAUAUUCCCAUAUUGGUGCAUUUAUAAAUUAGUUUUAGAUAUUGGCGUAACUACCAUGUGAGGCUAGUGACCAAAUCAUUGGAUGAGGCCCCAGAAAUGCUGCCUCUAUUAUUUUCCAGCUCCCUGUAGUUACGCCACUAGAUUUAGACAAAGUUAAAAUCCCAUCAAUCUCCACUGUUUUAUAAUUAAUAAAAAUAACUAUUGAAUAAAAGCUUGGCAUAAAAUAUUAGUAUAAAUAGUAUUAUUAGAAAAUUGGCUAGAGUAUGGCGUGAUAGAUAUACCUAAUUGGUGCCAAAGUUGUGACAAAGGUUGGUCUUGAAUUAAGAAUGUCAACGAAUUGUGACAUGUUCUUAAUAGUAAAUUAUCAUAAUGACAUAGUCCUAUGUAAUCAUAUUUUUAUAUAAAAUAAAAUAUUAAUAAUUAAA